CCUCCUAGACUCUCUAACAAGCACUCGGAUAGUCACAGAGAUAAGAAUAAACGUAUCUACCAUGUCAUCUCCCAACCCCGCCGCCUCGAAAUGGAUCCCUCUCGAAGCCAGCCCAGACGUUUUUAAUCAGUGGGCCGCACCCCUAGGACUCCCCCAAAAUCUAGGGUUCCAAGACCUAUACUCCCUCGACCCGGAUUUCCUGCAAUACACCCCGAAACCGGUACAUGCGGUGUUGUUGUUGUUCCCUUCGAGGGGAAAGUUGGCAGAGGAGCGUAAGGCUGAGGAAGCGGCGGGGGAGUUGGGGUGGAAGGGCAGGGAGGAUGAGGAGGGGGAUGGGCAGGGACAAGGGGGGGUUUGGUGGAUCAAGCAGACGACAGCUAACGCAUGCGGCUCCAUCGGCCUGCUCCAUUCCCUCCUGAACCUCCCCCCCAGUACCACCACCUCAAUCUCCCCCGACUCCCCCUUAUCGACCUUUAAACUCCAAUCACUCCCCCUCUCCCCCCUAGCCAGAGCGAAGUUGUUAGAUGAGACCCCGUUUUUUGAGACGGCCCAUCAGAACAGCGUGGCGGCGGGCCAGAGCCGGGUUCCGGAGGGGGUGGAGGAGAGGGAGACUGAUUUGCAUUUUAUUGCGUUUGUCAAAGGGGGGCAUGCGGAUGGGUCGGAACAUAUCGUCGAACUCGAUGGAGGUCGGGAAGGACCCCUCGAUAGGGGCAAAACUACGGGGGAGACGUUCUUGGAGGACGUCGCCAAGGUCGUGCAAGAGAAAUACAUCGAUCGGGCCGAGGGAGAUGUGAAUUUCAACUUGAUCACCUUGGGAGCCGUAGGGGAGCAGUAACGAACCGGAAUCGAUCGUUGGUAGCAGCACACAUGGGGGAUAGCUGGGUGUAAGACGAAAGAAGUUGUUCGGAUGGGCUCAUCGUUGUUGGCGGCGAUGUGAACGGGGUGAUUGGGUCAGACGAACCCUUGAUACACGAUUUUACGAUGGUAUGGUUUACUGGCGGUCUUCCGGACGAUGUUCGAUCCGGCGUUCCUGUCCGUGUACCUCAUCUAGGCCGGACCGGUAGCUCAUCAUUCGAAUCUUUUCUGCACUGGUUGUCUCCAGUCUGCCAGUAUAUUGUUGAAACCGAAGCCAACCUCUAUUGGCGUGCGCGUGCGGUAAUCGGUCAUUUUGCGAUGAAAACCUUUGCCGUAUUAGCAUGGAAAGACUGCGCGAGCCUGAUCGGAAACCUCUACCAUACCUCUUUGUACAUCAAUUAUGUUUCCGUCUGUGUAAAGAUCUUCACGGCUAC